CAUGCGCGGCUUGUGAGGUCCAGCGCUACAGCAGUCCUGCGGUUUCUUUUGGGCGAGGGCGAGAGCGAGAACGAGUGGCGACGGGCGACCGCGGAGAGUUUAUUAACUUUUAAAGAAAAUCAAUCAGUAACAAUGACUACUUCAUGGAGUGACCGGCUACAAAAUGCAGCAGAUCUUCCUGCAAACAUAGAUGGCUAUGCUCUGAAAAAGUACCGUCGGGAAGCAUAUCACCGUGUAUCGCAUCCUCCGUGCUCCACCUUCGUGCCAUCUGGUGCAACUCUCAAUCCGGUUGCCUCUCUUUCAGUCUUCCGUAACGCCGCUCUCCGGGAGCGUGUGACCACCCCCAUAACGGGGCGGCUGGUUUUUGUGAAUAGAAGUCUAGCCAUGGAAAAAAUAAAGUGCUUUGGAUUUGAUAUGGAUUAUACUUUAGCUGUGUAUAAAUCUCCAGAAUAUGAAUCCCUUGGAUUUGACUUGACAGUUGAACGGUUAGUUUCAAUUGGAUAUCCUCAAGAGAUGCUUAGUUUUGUCUAUGAUCCUACAUUCCCUACCAGAGGCCUGGUAUUUGAUUCUCUUUAUGGAAACCUGUUAAAAGUUGAUGCCUAUGGGAACAUCCUAGUGUGUGCACAUGGCUUUAACUUUAUGAGAGGGCCAGAAAUACGAGAACAGUAUCCUAAUAAAUUCAUUCAGAGAGAUGAUACUGACAGGUUUCACAUUUUAAACACACUGUUCAACUUACCAGAGACAUAUCUGUUGGCUUGUCUGAUUGAUUUCUUUACUAACUGUGACAGAUAUGUAAGCUGUGAAACAGGAUUUAAAGAGGGAGAUCUUUUCAUGUCCUUCAGGAGUAUGUUCCAGGAUGUGAGAGAUGCUGUGGACUGGGUUCAUUAUAAGGGCUCACUUAAGGAGAAGACAGUUGAGAAUCUAUACAAGUAUGUAGUGAAAGAUGGAAAGCUUCCACUGCUGCUGAGUCGCAUGAAUGAGGUGGGAAAGGUGUUUCUUGUCACAAACAGCGAUUAUAAAUAUACUGAUAAAAUUAUGACAUAUUUGUUUGAUUUUCCACAUGGACCAAAGCCAGGUAGCUCUCAUCGACUGUGGCAGUCUUAUUUUGAUCUCAUCCUUGUGGAUGCACGCAAGCCUCUUUUUUUUGGAGAAGGCACAGUCCUGAGGCAGGUGGACACAGUUACUGGCAAGUUGAAAAUUGGAACCUACACAGGUCCUUUACAGCAUGGUAUUGUCUACUCUGGAGGCUCCUCUGAUACAAUAUGCGAUCUUCUGGGAGCCAAAGGCAAAGACAUCUUAUAUAUAGGUGACCAUAUAUUUGGAGACAUUUUGAAGUCCAAAAAACGCCAAGGUUGGAGAACUUUUUUAGUGAUUCCAGAACUGGCACAAGAACUUCAUGUCUGGACAGACAAAAGCUGCCUUUUUGAAGAACUUCAGAGUCUAGACAUCUUUUUGGCUGAACUAUACAAGCAUUUGGAUAGUAGCAGCAAUGAACGUCCCGAUAUCAGUUCCAUCCAGAGGCGUAUUAAGAAAGUGACUCAUGACAUGGAUAUGUGCUAUGGAAUGAUGGGAAGUUUGUUUCGAAGUGGUUCCCGACAAACGCUGUUCGCUAGUCAAGUGAUGCGUUAUGCAGAUCUCUAUGCUGCAUCUUUCAUCAACCUCUUAUAUUAUCCUUUCAGUUAUCUCUUCAGAGCCGCCCAUGUGCUGAUGCCACACGAGUCAACAGUGGACCACACCCAUGUGGAUAUCAAUGAGACUGAAUCCCCAAUGGCUACCCGUAAUCGCACUUCAGUGGACUUCAAAGAUUCAGACAAACGGCAUCAGCUCACCCGAUCUCUAGCAGCCGCUUGGCUCACUCCUACAGAGUUGAAAUACAUGGCAGCAAAUAGUUCCAGAGUCUUUACAAAAAAGAACAUCUUCAACAGGAUGUCCUUAUUGGAACACUCUGUUUUUACCUCCAUUCCAAGAAUGAGACUCAAUGAAGCUGGUGACUCUGACCAUUAACAAGACUGCAAGUAACCAUUCAUGAACAACAAAGUCAAAUCCUGACCAAAGACUUUCGGAAGUCACACAUUCCUUUGGAAGAAGCCUUCCAUUCUCCCUGGAAGCUACUUUUAGAAAAUUACCAUCUUGUACUCUUAUUAACAAAAGAUGAUGCAUGGAAUGGGAAAGAGCCACUUAAAACAAAGGUCUACAGGAAAAACACAUUUAUCUAACAGAAAUAAACUGCUUUACAAUAAAAUUGCAAAAUAUACAAAUAAAUCAAGUUCAAAAUAAAUAGAAUAAAUUGUCAACACCACUGAGUAAUGGUACACUCUACUGGGAUUGCAGAUUAUUUAUGAAAUGUGUACAUUCCACUUGUGCUUUUUCAGAGAUUAUAUAAACAUAGUAUGGAAUACUAUUAGGAGACCAUUACCACUUAGAAGAAGGAGAAUGCAUAGAUAUAAUGCAACAUUAACAACAAACCUACAAAAAGUAUAAUUUGGAGUGCAAUAAUAAAUGGAAAUAAAUUGUGUGAGGAGCCUUUGAAUUCUUACUAAAGCAUGGUCAGCAAUCAACAAUAAUAAAAAUUGGAAUCCAAUUCUUGGAAUUUUAUACUGUAUUACAUCGGUGUAAAUCUGCAAUUCUGUGCAACAUUUAUGAGGAAGAUAUAGUAACUGCAUUGGAAAGCUUGGCCUGAGAUGCAGUUAAGUUUCAAGUUAUGACCUUGAGUGCAGCUGCUGUCUUGUAGCUCAGUGGUCCCCAACCCCUGGGCUACAGACCAGCACCAGUCCAUGACGCGCCAGAAACCAAGGCCGUGCAAACAAGCGAAGCCCCAUCCGUGCACAUGUGGGAUGCAGGCAGCAAGUGAAACCACAUCCUCUCCGGUCCACAGACCCAGUCCCCGACACCCAAAAGGUUGGGGAGGGCGCUGUUGUAGCUCAUUAUGCAGAAGUACAUCUAUUUUUGAGAAAAAACAUUCUGUAGAGAUCCAGAUAAACCUCCAUUAAAAAAAUGAUGUAUGGAAUUAUAA